GUGGAACUCCAGCGAGCAAAGGAGCAGCUUAGAGCAGAACGAGAGGAGCUGAAGCGCGAGCGGGAGUCUCACCGAGAGAAGCACCAGGAGAAGAUCCAGGACCUGCACAUGCAGUUGCAUGCAGAGAGAAAGGCUCUGACAGAAGCUCAUGAUUCCAAUCAUACAGAGCACCAGCAACUGCUGGCCUGUGUGCGACAAGAGCUUGAAGAAGAGCGAAAGCAGCACUCGGAGAGUAAGGAAGGAACUAGAGGCCAGCUUCUGGAACAUGUCCGCCACAUCGGUACCCUUGAAGGGAAGGUCGCUGGCUUGAAUACGGAGGCUGACUUUCUCAAGGGUCGCAUAGCCGAGCUUCAGGACACCUUGAAGGAGUCAGAGGCACACAUGUUCAAGCAGUCCCAGGGGAUCUCCUCUUUGCGCAAAGACCUAGAGAAGGCAAAGGCCGAGUCUGGACACGCUCGAGCUGAGGGUGAAGAGAGGAAAGUUUCCGGACAGUUCGGAAAGAGCUGCAAGCGUCGGGUUGCAGUUGCAUUGGUUGGUGCCGGCCACUUCGCCAAAAAGGCACACCUCCCGUCCUUGAUCCUGGACAACAAAGACUGCUUUGAUCUGCGGGCGGUGUGGAGCAAAUCUGAAUCAUCGGCGAAAGACUUGUCCGGCCUGGCAGCCAGGCAUGGUCAUGUAAUUCCUCCAGUGCCUCUGUGGGGAGAUCGGGGCUGGAGUGAGAUCCUCGCAGGCAAGCUAGAACUGGAAUUAGUGGAUGUCGUCCUACCAAUUGCUGCGCAGCAUUCUUUCGUCAAGUCGGCAUUGUCGGCAGGCUUGGCAGUCGUGUCAGAAAAGCCUGUUGCGCCUGACGUCAGUCAAGCAGAGAGCCUUCUCGAGGCAUCGAGAGCAUCGAAAGCCUUUAGCAAUCUUAGCAGAUGGUUUGUCUGCGAGAACUGGAGAUUUGAGCCAGCUUUUCGCGUCGCCGAGUUGGCCAUCAGUUCCGGAUCCAUCGGACAGAUCCUCGCUUUCUCCGCUAGUUCCGUGACCUACAUGCCCCACGACGUGCCUUACAUGAAUCUUCAUUCCUGGCGAAUGCAAGAAGGUUCCAACUGGCUUGCGGAUGUAGCUGUGCACCUUGCCGCUGCAAUGCAUCUUCUGUUGGGUGACAUAGAUGUUGAGGGAGUUGUCAUGCGGCGCGUGAGGCCAGACAUUCGGCCGUUCGAUACAUUUGCAACAUCCCUUCGAGCGGGGUCUCUGCAAGCGAUACCGGGAGUCUGGCUCUUCUCCCUCAGUGCCCCAAGGUUUACCCCAAGCGAGAUCUCUGGAUUGUCAGAUUUGGAUCUGCGGAUUACUGGGACGAACGGAACACUCAGUGUCUCCAGAGCAAAGGUGGAACUCAGAGACAUGUCCGGACGGCUGGUGCAGAGCACUGCCGGCCUUGCAGGUCCUAGCGUCGCCUAUGCACUUCGUGAAGUGGCCAAUUCGGUUCUUGACUUGCAUCCUUCGGAGAACACUUCACCGGAAGCCAGCGAGGCAGCGAGUCUCGGUGUCCAUCGAAGGUUCGUGAAGGAGCUUAGAAUCGCCUUCCAGUCUGCACAGACCAGGACAUGGCCAUCAAGGCAACAGGCAGUUGCGAAGCUGAAGAUCCUGAUCUUCAGCCGGUGUGAGCAGCUGAAGAUCGACGCCAGGUAUGCUUCGGGAAAAGAGCUCCUAUCCAUGUUUGGGGAUGUGCAUGAGCCCAUCGUGGGGAGCGUUCCGGCCUCAGACGGUGGAUUGUGGUGGCUUUUCGGCGAGAUGGGCACCGCAAUAUGGCAAUGGCAAGGAAGUUAUGGCCGUCGAAACCUCCACCAGCCGCCGCCGCCAUGGCCGAAUCGCGAGCCGAUGGUCGUCUUCGCGGGGGUGGCGCUCCUCCUCUUGCCAGGCACUGCGCAGGACAUCCAAUGCGAGGUGCGCAGCUGUCUGCCGGAGGACACAACUCAAGAUCCUCCCAUAUGCUACAAGAAAACAGAAGUGACUCAGACGCUUGGAGCACAUUCCUUCGGUGAAUGUCCGUCGAAUACCCCUUAUUGUUCGACUUGCUUCGCUACCCUUCCAUGUGAGAGUCGCUGUCAAGCUGAUCCUGUGCUGAAGCGACCGCCAGGUGCUGAAUGCUACUAUGAUGAAGACUGUGAAGGCCCCUUUGCAAGGUGCUUGCAAAGGGUUUGUCGACGAGCGUUGCUCACGCACCAAGUUUGCGAUGCGGCCAACCCAAAUGACCUUUGCGUGACGGGCUCUCGGGUUUGCUUUCGCGGACGCUGCCUCGGCUUGAGCUCCGGGUCUCCUUGCAGUGCAAGGACUGACGGGCGAGACAUUGACUGCAACAUGGGCUGGUACUGUUUCCUUGGGGUCUGCACACCGCAACUCCCCUCAGGUCAUUCCUGCUCUGGCCUGCACGGCAACGAAUGCCUGAGCGGCUUUGGAUGCAACCUCGCGCUGGAGACGCCACGGUGCAUUCGGGAGUACAGCCUGGCGACGGGCUCCCGGAGCAGCUCCGGACGCCUCUGCAUGACGAACUACGUGGACCUGCGCAGACAGGAGUGUGCUGAGCUUCCCGAGAUUGAGCUGGAAGAUGGAAAACCUCGCGUGAGCGGACGCGGGUGCCGAGCAGACGCCGACUGUCCACGCUCUGACACCUCUUUCGGUGCUUGUGUCUGCAAGCAGUGGUGGGAAGGUUCCGAUCCGCCCGGCUACUGCGAGCUUUCCGUUUCACAGGCGUGGCGGCCUGCGUUCAAGAGAUUCUGGGAGGAAUCUGCAGCUUAUUGCCAUCACAACUGGUCGGAAGACCGCUGUGCUGCCGAGUUGAAGAUGGAGGAAGUCCAACGCUUGGCUGCGGAGCGGCUGACGCGUUGCAUAGAUGCGCUUGCUUCCGACUUGAUUGAGGUCCUGGCAGAGGUCCGUGCAGACGCGGCAGCAAUCUCUGCCGAUCCUACUGAGGUAGAGCCAUCACCUGACCAUGUGAGUUCUCCAGAACUUUCCGAGCCUGCAAGUGCAACUCAGAAAGGUGAAGAGCUGUGCACGGGAGUUGCUCACUACGUGGGUGCCCACUGGACUCUUCGCGUUUUCCAUCUGAGUCACUUGGAGACUGGGCAGCUCGACAAUCUCCAGCUGGGCUAUCCGGCUGCCCAUCACUGCUUGUGCUCCUUUCAAGCCUCGGCCGCCAUCGCGUUGAAGGCAAAAGCUUACGUUAAGCUGACACUACGCAAGAGUCGCCGUUCGCUGGAGCUGCCGUAUGCAGCUGAAAUGACACACGAGACUGUAGAUUCCCAGCGGGUGAGCGGAAAUAGCCGCGUCAAUCUAGGUGGCAGAGGCGGGAGGAAGGGUGCUCGCCCCGCUGCCGAAGAAAGCCGUUCCGACUUUGUGAAGCGCCAGCAUCAGGAGCGCGAAGCUCGGGAGCGCAGGAGGAUACGGGAAGCAGCUUCCAAAAAGAUCCAGGCUGUUUACCGUGGUCAUCGAUGUCGAGAACUCCAAGGAGCAGAAAAGCGUCAGGUCUUCGACAAACGAUGUGCCGACAUCAGUAAGGUCAGUGGCCUCAUGCCACCACCGCAAAAGGCAAAGUUUGUCUUUCACGCGCUCGUGCCGCUGAUGCGGCUCUUCGCCUUGUUCUUCAGGAGAAAGCAAGACGAGGCCAGGCUGUCGCAGCUGCUGGAGCUGCUGCAUUAUUCCGGUCAAGCAGAGGGCUGCAACAUUUUCCAAAUCCUUGCGGUGGAGGAGUCUGCACCCAAAGAUGUGACGCGGACCGGCGUGUUGGCUCUGGUAAGGAAGGUUUUGGCCGCACUGUUGGCCUGUCAAAGACUCAUGGAUGCAGCAAAGCUGCUCUUGACGAUUCAAAAGGCAAUCUUUUCACCCGGCCCUGAAUACAAGGCGCUCGGGAUCAAUUCAGGUGUAACAAUUGCAAGUUUGUUGAGACCAGAAAUUUUCCAGGUUUUGUCUCCGCUCUGCAUGUCUGAGCCAUUGCAGGUUGCGAACAUGGUCAAUUUGAUGUGCUCAGGCUUGGAUGCGAUCUCCCUGGCAACAGUCGAACAGUCGCUGCGCUGUCGCCAGGAAUUGCUGGCGCUUCUUCUGUCCACUCCGCAGAUUGGCGAGAGUCUCUGCGCGAGCGAGGAGAUGGCCAAGCCCAGCCUUGUGCUGUCGCUGCAACGUGUGUGCGGCUUGCUCGUCCACACCGCAGGGGUACUUGGAGCCGCAACAAAGAGGUCCGGCAGCCCCGCGCAUGUGCUGGACAACAUUGCCGUGAUCCUGGAGCGCUUUGCCCUCCAGCAUGACAGCAGCUUCUCUACCGGCUCUGCAGAGUUGUUGGCCUUCCUUCAGUGGCUCUCCUGGGCAAAG